CCAAUCGCCAGCUGCUCCAGUAGCCAGGCAGCCACCGUCCACGCCGAUCUCAGACAUCCCCAGCCUGCCCCAACCGGUCGUCGUCGAGGAGGGGCGAGCGAGAGCCGUGUGUUUAUUUCGUGUUCAAUACGCUGUUCUUAUUUCUGCCUCAUCUGAAGAGAGCCCCGCACGCCCCCACCAUACACCAAAGGAGAAGUGUUUUUAUUUGACUGAAAUCGUGUGGAUUAGGAAAAGUUUUAGUGAAACCACGCCGCCCCAGAACAGUUGUCGGCUCCGCUCCCCCCUGUGAUGUGGGGAAAGCAGGCGUCUACCGAUGAGUUGAUAUCGAGACCGCGCGCCCGCACCAGGAACAGGGCGGACGACCUCGACGAUGAGCUGCCCUCCAGGUCGACGGGGCUGUCGACGGCGAUGCAGGACUUGUGGAACGACCUCCCCGAGCACGUCAAGAGGGACCCGACUCUUGCGCAGCUGAAGGCAGGCUUGGUGUCUGGAGCGUCAAGGCCCAGCGAACUGAGCGGUGUCGCCGAGAAGGGCAACUUGAGCGAGACCAAGAUGACGUUCCCGGAGGGGGGCGGGGAUGGGGGUGGGAAGGGGAAGGAGUUCCUGUCGAACGUCUCCGUGGCCGCGUCGCUUCACGCCAGCAGGGGCAAGCACGGUCACCAGAACGGGCACGAGAGCAGCACGCACAACAUGCCCGGCGAGAAGCCCAUGCAGCCCUGGGCGAGCCGCCUGCGCAUGGGCGUGCUCAUUGUCACCUGGCUCGUGUUCACGGGUAUUUUGAUGACGAAGAGUGAACGAGAGUUGGACGUCCAUCAGAUAUCCGUACCCAAGAACCAGACCAAGAGCUACAACAUGCUAAACAUGCCGACCGAGAGGCAGGUGUCGGUGACGGUGGGGGGCGCGCUGCUGCCGCCCGAGUAUGGCAACAUGACGGACUCGUUCAUGGAGGUGUGGAUCGAGCUGAUCCAGACGCGGAUGCAGCUGCCCGAGUCGGACCGGCGCAACGUGUCGCUGCACAUCAACAAGGCCGACAUCCUCUUCUCGCGGAACCUGAGCGAGCCGUGGCGCAUCCCGCUGGUGUCGGCGCAGUCCAUCGACGUGGUGCCGGAGAUCAAGCGCGAGAACAUGUUCGACCUGGACGACUUCGAGAUCGCUAGCAUCCCCCACAGCUUGCUGCGCCUGCAGCUGCGCACCAACCUGCACAUCUCGUUCCCGGUCGCCAUCCACUACGACACGUCCCCGAUCAACAUGGAGGACGGCGUCAUCUACGCUGCCGUGGUGCUCGUGGGGCUGUACGCCAUGGUCAUAUUCGAGGGCUGGGAAGUGUACUCCGACUUUUGUCAGUGA